AUGGACAAUGAAUUAAUAGAUAUCCCAAUUGAUUUAGAUGAACCAAAGUUAGAAUCAUAAGAAUCAUGUCCAGAAUAAUAGGAAAUAGUCUCUGAAAUACUAUAUCCAUCAUUAUCUUAAAUUAAUAUAUAGAAACCAAACAUUCAUAAAAUCUCUUUUCAUAUUACUGAAUAAGUAUAAUAGAGUUACACAUAAUACUAUGAAAAUAUAUCAUAUGUUGUUUGGAGUUAAAUAGAUUAUCAACCAGCUAAUACAGUUCAUCGUAAAUACACUCAUUUUGAAUGGCUUAAUGCAGCAUUAAAACGAGAAUUUCCAGGAAUACUUAUUCCAGCCAUACCAUAAAAAUCUGUUUUAGCAAAAAUUAAUUUAACUGAACAUACUCAACUUAUCAGAAUAAAACGAUAUAGAGUAUAAUUUUAUAUUAUAUUUUAGUAAUUAGAACAAUUUUUAAAUAAAAUUAUUGGUAAUCCUUAAUUAUAAAUUAGUAUUAAAUUUCAAAUAUUUCUAACUGCAUCCUAGGAAGUAUAAAUAUAUAAUAAAUUAUUAGAUUAUGUAAUAAGAACUCUAAGAACUAUCUUAAUAUCAAACUUAUAUUCAUUAAAUAGGAUCAGCCCUUGCAAAUGCUGGAUCAAAAGCUUAUGAUAUUGCUAAAGAAUCUAUUAAUUUUUUAAGUAGUUUCAUUUAUACAGGAUAAUAGAAUAAUAUAAAAUAAUUACAAUAUCCUGAAUUAGAAAUUUCAUAAGACAUAAAAGAAUGCUUUGAAAGUUGGGAAGAUGUAUUAUAUAUUAAUUAGUUCAUUAGUUAUUGAUUGAAGAAUAAUAAAAGGUUAAAAGAAUUUAUGAAUAUUACUAAAAUAUUGUCAAUAUUAAAUUAGAGUAAAAUGAAGAAACAAAAAAAGUUAUUACAUCAAUGAAAGAACUUUUGCUUCCUCAAUUAGAGAAAGAUAUCAAUAAAACUGAAGCAAGUUGUUAUAUUAAUGAAACAAUAUUAAAUGAGAUUAAAUGCGAUAUCAUUUUCAAAUUAGAAGUAUAUUUAUUUAAUAAAUAGCUAUGCAUUCUAGAUUUAGAUGAAGCUUUUGGAAUAAUUAGAAGACGAUCUGAUUUGAUUUAUUAAAUUUAGUAAUAAAUCAAAAUGCACAAUCAAGUUGAAUCUUUUAAUGGUAUUAUAAAUUAUUUAAUAAAGAAAAAAUUUAAUAUAAGGAAUAAAUUAGAGAGAACUAAAAAGUACUAAAAAUAUUAGAAUCCAACUUUUAGAAUGAUAUUAAACUGUUUGUUAAAUGGCUUAACAAAUACCUUUAAUAAUUAAUUGAAAAUUAUAAUGAAUAGUUUUAAAAAUUAUACAAAGAAUAAAACAAAAAUUGGAAUGAUUGA